UACACAGUGAACUAUAGGGAAGCUGGAUCGAAUGUAGAUUGGGAAGAAAUCCGAUUGGACGCGACGUCUAAUACGUACGUUUUGCGAGAUUUGAAAUGUGGAACGAAAUACGAAGUAUUCCUCACGGCAUUCAAUCAAAUCGGGACCGGACUUCCGAGUGAAGUGGUUUUUGCGCAAACCAGCGGCUCAGUCCCAUAUUCCCCGGACAAGUCACAUUUGCUCGUCAUCAACACGACGUCGGCCAUCCUGAAACUCGACGCCUUCGAAGACGGCGGUUGUCCCAUCAUCAACCACGUCAUCAGCUACAAACGCAGAGAUUCUUCGGGAUGGCUCAAUUUCCCUUCGGAAACCGUAGUGUCAGACGUGAAGCGAUACAAGUUGGAGAAUUUGUCCCCUGCUACGACCUACGAACUGAAAAUCAGCUCAACGAUGGGUCGACCGUGCAGACUCAAACUCAGAGUCAAGAGCUGCAACUGCCUCCUACCGCCACAACACGGCGGCAACCGCCGAUUGGUCCUGGGGUUCCGCAGGGUCAGGCCGUUGUUGAGGAAGCCAGAAUUUCUGGCUGAAGGACACCUCAUGGACUCUCAAGGAAGACCGUGUCGCGAGAACUCCUACGGACUGAGUUUCGAUUACCCCAAGCACAUUCAAAAACCACCCCCAGGGUACAGCGACGUGAACCCAUACGCAACCUUUCAACUAGCCCUACCAAACCAACAACAGCAACCGCAACAGCCGCCACAACGCGAUCUGAGUUUUGGCUCUUCCUACUUUGGCAACGAAUACAAUGGCAAUAAUAGUUAUCAACAAUCAGCCAGAGCCGAAUUUGUGUACUUUGAUCCGAAGGCUGCCAAUAUGGAAACCUAUCCCUUGCGACACGAGCAUAACCUCGUAAAAUCUGGAACGUCAAAUUGCGUCAUGCAAGCAGGUGGACUUGGAUCCAGUCGAGAUUAUGAUGCGAUGUCAGCUGCGAGUGAUUCGGAUCUCGAAUCGAAACGAGGUCGCUACAAUAAAUGUGCAUCCAUGGAUCGUCGUAAUAAGAGGUCAUCUUCUAGCAAAGCUCAAAGCAGUUCCUUCAGGAUCGCCUCAGGACUCGGCCAACAACACUCACCAAUUUACGCGGCAGCAAGCCACGAAAUUAGCGAACUGGAAGCUGAAAUGGUCCACUCCAAUGACGAUGUGGAACUGGAUGCCCGGAUCCGGACAUUGAGAGCACAGCAUGAUUUGGCAGUUAAAUCACUCACCAAGGGGUUGUAUUCCAGCCAACCACACCCACAUCCAGGAAACCAACAACAACAACCCCGAGCAUCCCGGGAUUCGGGUUUCCCUAUAGAUUGGGAAAAAGGAAAUUCACCGGGAGUCAUCAACAUCCUGUACAGACUGGUCUUCGCAUGUCAUUGCUUAGCGUGGUUGAUUGUCGAUUUCAAGCAAUGGGGAAUUCGCUACAGCAUCAUUUACUUCACCAUCUGGAGUUUCAUUCUUAUCAUGGUGGACUCUUUUCUGAAAGCAGGGUUGACACUUUGGUACACCUUCGGCGAGAUGGAAAGUGAAGCAGAGUUGACAUUCGCAAUGAAAAUAUCUUGGCUCCUCACCAACGUGACUCAUGCAAGUGCAAUCAUUGUCACUGCCACCUAUUGGCCUUUGAUCUACGACGACAGCGUCAUUGAAGGAACGAAUUUCGUCGUCCACGGCACCAACUCCAUCUAUGUUCUGUCAGAAAUAUUUUUGAAUCGUCGUCCGGUGCUCAUGGGGCACGUCAUCUAUCCCAUGAUGUAUUUCAUAGUUUUCCUCGUUUUCUCAUUGGUGUACUACCUGUGCGGUGGGACGGAUGCAGCUGGCAACCCUUACAUAUACAUUUCGUGGGAGAAAACAGCAGCACCGGGAACCAUCAACAUUGCUUAUCGCACCGCAGUCGCAGUGCACAAUGUGACAUGGCUGGCAUUAUUAUUCUACCAGUGGGGAUUUCGUUAUGCGAUCAUAUAUUUCACGGUCUGGAGCUUCAUCUUAAUCACAGUUGAUUCAGUAAUCAAAGCCAUGAAUUCUUUCGGGGUGUUCUUUUUCAAAGACGAAGCCGAUUUGACAGAUUAUUCACCGAAGCUUCCAAUCCUCAUGAAAAUCUCAUGGCUCCUGACUUCGGUGUCUCAUUGCUGUUCGCUUUUCGUGACCCUGGCAUUUUGGCUGUUCCUCUACACCGGAAACUUCGAAUUCAACGUCAGUUUCGUGGUUCACACUUUCAACUCUGUCUACGUUCUUUUGGAAGUGUUUUUCAACAGAUUACCGGUUUAUAUUGGCCAUGUCAUCUACGCAUUGAUUUAUUUCUUCUUGUACGGUUGCUUCUCUCUGGUGUACUACCUUCGUGGAGGAACUGAUGCCCAGGUUAGUGAUGGAAGCCUGAGCACUGUCAGGCGUCAGCAACCUUUAUCCUCAUUCACUCAAAGUGCUCGUGACAACAAGUGCCUUCACACUUUGAGAGAAUCCGACCAAUAUGGCAAGCAAAAUAGGAGCCAUUUCCUGAGUUUGGCGAUCGUAGCCAUGGUUAAUUACACUGCAAUCCCACAUGCGGAAGGCCCAAGGACGUCUGAAAGCUGCGAUUUCAAUGCCAACAAAAAUGCCUCCCAGGAAACUGAGGCCAACGACAUCAAAAUCGAAAAUCAAGGAACAUUGAUUUGGGACGAAAGCAUUCAACAAUUGACCAUUUCUGCAUUUUACUGGGGCUACCUGGUUUUACAAGUGCCGGGUGGACGAUGGGCUGAAAUGCAUGGUGCGAAGAGACUGAUUUCCAUCAGUAUGUUGGUGUCCGCUUUUUGCACGUUUUUAGUGCCAAUUUGUGCACAAUCUGGAUACAUUUUGCUCAUGCUAAAUCGAGCUGUGAUGGGAAUUGCUCAGAUGCAUCAGAAGUCACAACCCAGGAAAACUGCUCAACAUCCCUGA